AAUGACCAUCUUCCUUUAUUUUUCAUGAUGACAAGCAGAUGACUCAUCCAAAACAAAAGUCAAGAUUCAUAUGCUAUUAUAUAUACAUCUUCUGAUCAUCAGGUUUCAUCAACCAAAGUGGGCAUAACUCUCUUAAAUUUAUGUAACGAAAUAAGAUCAUAGAAGAAGAAAUUUACUUGAAAGGUUACAUAUGAUGGCAUCUUUUCUUCAAGAGCUUCUAAUUGGAUUUCCAUUCACCUCAGCAGCAUACUUGGGUGAGAAGCCAUCAAAGAGAUACUUGCCUGCUCCAGCUUCCCAAUACAACACAUCUACCACAAGUUCAAAGCAAAGUAAAGUAAAUUCAAUUCUAACCGGGAUAAUGAACAAGCUUGGGAGAAAGACUAACAGUUUUGCAACUGGACUCAAAGAACAUGUAAAACUUGGGCCAAAAAUAACUAAUACAGUAAAAGGCAAAUUAAGCUUAGGAGCUAGAAUUCUUCAAGUUGGAGGAGUGGAAAAAGUCUUCAUGCAACUAUUCAAAGUAAAAAAUGGAGAGAAGCUACUAAAAGCAUCUCAGUGCUACCUAUCAACCACAUCUGGUCCUCUAGCAGGCCUCUUAUUCAUAUCCACCGAUAAAGUUGCAUUUUGCAGCGAGAGAUCAAUCAAAGCUUAUUCUUCAAAAGGUCAUUUGAUCAGAAUCCAUUACAAGGUUGUGAUCCCACAUGAAAAGAUAAGGUGUGUUAACCAAAGUCAACAUGAGAAGAAGCCUUCGCAAAAGUACAUAGAAAUAGUUACUGUAGAUAACUUUGACUUCUGGUUUAUGGGUUUUUUAAAUUAUCAGAAAGCUUUCAAAUACCUAAAGCAUGCAAUCUCUCAAGCGUAGACACAAAGGGGGAGGGAGAGUAGAAGUUUAGUUUUCUCAUUCUCAUUGCUUCAUCGUUAAUUAUUGUGUGAAACCCCGAAAGGCAAAACACAGGUAGCCAAGUACAAAUACACAUUGUACAUAGUCAUGUUGCAAAAAUAAAGAAAAAAAUUCUUCAA